AUGGACACGUCUGCUGCCCUGCUCCUGCUGCUCGCUCUGGAAUUCUGCUGCCCUGGGAUUUACGGCCAGUCACUUGAGAUAAAGGUCAGGUCUCCCAGGGACAUCACCCAGCUCCAGGUGGGACAGAGGCUGGAGCUGGAGUGUCAGACUCACAAGAACAGUGGUGCAUUCUGGAUCCGCCAGGACAAGAGGAGAACCCUUCACUUCAUUGUCUUCAUCAAUUCCGUGUCCCGGACCACAUUUGGGAAUCAGGGAACAGCCACACGCUUUGACACGAGCAAACACAACACAGUCUAUAAUUUGGUAGUGAAAUCUUUCACACCACAGGAUGAGGGGAGCUAUUUCUGUGUGGUGAAUUACAACCAAAGGCUGCUCUUCAGCCCCGUCCAGCCUGCCUUCUUAUCAGCCACCACAGCAGCACCCACCACAUGUGAGCCCACUACCACGGGUGGCAGAACUGAGGACCCCAACCUCAAAACUCCAGAGUCAGAGAGAAGAAUGCAGGAAAGCCUGAAUUUCUUCUGUCACAUCUUCAUCUGGAUCCCCUUGGCAGGUGCCUGUGUCCUGCUCCUCAUUGCCCUGGUGAUCACCCUCGUGCUGUGCCAACAAACCAGAAGACGAAGAUGCAGGUGUAAGAGACCUGCAAAUGGGAAGCCCCCCACAAAACCCAGGACACCAAACUAA